AGUCUUUAUUCAAUUUGAUCAAAUUCGCAAAACAAAAUAAAAAUAAAAAUAAAAAAUAAUCGAAAAUUUUUGAAAAAACUUUUGUUCAAAAUGCCUAAACCUGGUAAAAAACAUCAUUGCCAUCGUUGUAAAAAAUCGUACAGAACCUUUUGCAAAAAGCACGAAAAUUAUUGUGACAACCACGAUUGGUACUUUCGGAUUAAGGAAGGAUGUCCCAUUUGUAGACAGGUAGAAGAAAGAGUAGAAAAAGAAGAAAGAGAAAAAAGAAGAACAAUAGUAGCAAGAGAAAAAAGAACAACAAUAGUAGCAUGUUUAGCAUGUUAAUAAUCAGCUACUACUACUAUUAUUAUUGUUAUUUUAUCUAUCAGUUACUUACUACGUUAUUGUUAUUACAGUUAUUACAGUCAGUUCAUUUUUUUUAUUUCAAAUUUUAACCUUGUAACAAAUUUUUAUGUAAAUAUAUAUAUGUAUAUAUGUAUAUAUCUACAUUUAUUAUUAUUAUUGUGAAAAAAAAAAAUUACGUGUAAAAAAUUUUUUUACACGGUUGAUUUUUUUUUUAGCAUUUUUAUCAUUUUUAUGUUAUCAUCUUUAUAUAAAUAUUUUGUGAAAUUUACUCUACUUAUAAGAUUUUUUCCGAGAUUCCACAUUUGAUUCAUUUGUAUUUUUUUGCUGUUAUUUUUUACGGAAUAAAUGAAA